AUGACCCAAUCCAAGGUCGACAAGAUCAGCGAAGUCCAGUCCAACCUCCCCCUUCCGGACCAGCCCCCCGUCGCCUCUGACUGGCAGUCGGCGGACGCUACAAAGGUCAACGUCGGCAGCGGUGGUAACGCCGAGGCCGCCGUCGGCACGGGUACCGGCGCCACCUCCGGCCUGAGGGGACCCGCCUCCAAGGUUGACGAGGACUUGAGCAAUGUCGGUCGUCAGGCUACCGAGGGCUUGAGCGGUAUCCCCAAGGAUGCUGCUGCGCGUUGA